AUGAGCCCCGACCUCAAGAUUCUCAACGCUCUACAAAACUCUGAAAUCCAAGUGAUCAUUGGAACCUUCAAUCAAGAUAUAGCCAUUCUUGCAGGAGAUAUCAACUUUGCAAAAGCAUGGGUACAAACCAACAUUAUCCCAUACAUACAAACCAUCACAUUCCGUUGCAUAUCCAUUGGUAAUGAAGUCAUCCCAGCCGUCGGGAUUUACGCACUAGCAAGUUCAUCUCCUCCUCUAACUGGAGAUUUUUCAGGUGAUGUCAAGCCUGGAAUCGAACAUAUCAAAUGUUUGUUAGCUAACAACGGUUUCCCACUUUUGAUCACUACGUAUCCUUACUUUUCUUACAUCCAUGAACCAAGUUCAAUUCAAUUACAGUUCGUGUUAUUCACCUCUCCUGAUGUUGUAGCGAGAGAUGAAAGUCUGGGGUACAUGAAUAUGUUCGAUGCCAUGGUUGAUGCGGUUUACUCCGCAUUGGAAAAGGUUGGUGCAGGUGGUGUUGAGGUGGUGAUUUAUGAGAGUGGGUGGCCGUUACAAGGCAAUGGUGAUUUCACGACGACUGAACUGGCUCGGACCUAUAAUCAGAAUCUUUUGAGCCACGUGCAUGGUUCUGGUACACCUAAGAAGCCCGACAAGAAUGUAGAGGCAUAUGUUUUUGCACUUUUUAACGAGAACCAAAAGGAUUCAGGGGUCGAACAACAUUUUGGCUUGUUCAAUCCAGACAUGACUGAAGUGUAUCAUGUUGAUUUUUAA